AUGUCAGAUCCUGCGGAGUACACUGUGGGCUGGAUUUGUGCCUUACCCGUGGAAUACAUUGCCGCACAAGAGUUCCUCGAUGAAGAGCACGACAAGCCGAGCUUUGUGUCGCCAAACGAUGCCAACGACUAUACAUUAGGCAGGAUGGGCGAACACAACGUUGUAAUCGCCGUCCUGCCCGAUGGUGAAUAUGGAACAGCUUCCGCGGCCAGUGUAGCGACGAACAUGCUGAACAGUUUCCACAACAUCAGGAUCGGCCUCAUGGUCGGGAUUGGCGGGGGUGUACCAAGCGAGAGCCACGAUAUUCGCUUGGGCGAUGUUGUGGUCAGUGCGCCUCGCGGUGGCGAGAGUGGUGUGUUUCAAUACGAUUUUGGCAAGUCGAUCCAGGACCAAACUUUUCAGCAUACGCGGUUCUUGAACCAGCCAUCAGCUAUAUUGCGCGCUGCAAUGGUAGGGAUUCGAUCACAAUAUGAGAGAAAAGGGCAUCAACUGAAGGAGGCUAUCAACAACAUUUUUGAGAAGAACAUGAGACUACGCCGGAAAUAUAAACGGCCAGAAUCAAUUACGGAUAGGCUGUUUCUUCCCGAAGUUAUCCAUCACCAAGAAGGCUGUGCUAUAUGUGCGGUUGAUCCUUCAAAGUUGGUACUACGGAGUGAGCGGGCCGACGACGAAGAUAACCCUGCCAUUCACUAUGGCUUGAUUGCUUCUGGCAAUCAGCUGAUGAAGGAUGCUUUGAUUCGAGAUCGGCUUGCCGCGGAGAAAGAUGUUCUCUGUUUUGAAAUGGAAGCCGCUGGACUGAUGAAUACUUUCCCAUGCCUAGUCAUCCGAGGUAUCUGUGACUACUCGGACUCACACAAGAACAAAGAAUGGCAAGGGUAUGCAGCUAUGGUGGCAGCUGCAUACGCGAAAGACCUUCUGCAGAGGAUCCCUCUUAACAGAAUUGAAGCCGAGGAGAAGAUAAGUGCUGUUGUUUCUGAGGAGCUAAAAGGCAUCCAACAUCGCUUAGAUCAAGCAUACAGUCAACACGAGCGGCACUAUAGUGAACAGAAAGCAAGAGUCUUAACGGAUCACCAGCGUCGUUGUUACCAAGUGUUCAAGAUCGUCAAUUACGCGGAGCAAAAGAAUAUAAAUCCAAAACGAGCUGGGGGAACCUGUCGAUGGGCUCUCCAGAGCUCUGAAUACAUACGUUGGUGGAAGAGCAGCUGCAAUGACCUUCUCUGGGUAUCGGCUGACCCAGGCUGUGGCAAGUCUGUCCUAGCCAGAUCAAUAAUUGAUGAUUAUUUAGAGAGCUCUCAUCCAUCUGUGAGAAUAUGUUACUUUUUUUUCAAAGACAAUGAUGAACAGAACGAUCUUUCUACGGCACUAUGUUCGGUACUUCAUCAGCUAUUCAGCCAGCAGCCUAAUCUAUUACAAUAUGCCAUUCCGACCUGGGAAAAGAAUGGGGGGGCACUCCGACAUGAAGUUGAUGAGCUUUGGCGGAUCUUAAUAGCGGCAACAUCAGCUGACAUAUCGUGCAAGUCUAUCUGCAUAUUCGAUGCACUUGAUGAAUGUCGUGAAACGGAUCAGCAACGAUUAAUUGAAAAGCUCCAAGCGUUUUAUCGCCAGCCAUCUUCAUCAAUAGAGGAAACCUGUUUGAAAUUCCUGGUCACCAGUCGUCCUUACGACUAUAUACAGGAUCACUUUCGAGCAAUCACCGAUUCUUUCCCACAUAUACAUAUCAAGGGAGAGGAGCAGAAUGACCAAAUCCAUGAGGAGAUUGAUCAGGUGGUGAGGAUUCGGGUGAGAGAACUAGCAGAGACUGUGCCACUUUCACCAGAGCUUCAUAAUCGGAUCGAACAGCAGCUGCUUCAAAUGGAACACCGUACAUAUCUUUGGCUACACCUAGCCAUUGAUGAUAUCCGCACUACCUUCAAAGACAGCCUUCGGCCUACAGAGGAUUGGAUCACGCUGAUUCCGCCUUCUGUGAAAAUAGCAUAUGAGAAAAUACUCUUUCGAGUGCCAGCUAGUCUUAUGGAUAGAGUUAAGAAGAUCCUAGAAAUCAUCGUGGCGGCACGACGUCCUCUAACAAUAAGAGAGAUGGCUAUGGCGUUGGGAAUCGCUACUAGCUCAGGAUCACCAAUAACAAAACAGGCUGGGCUAAAUCCAAUUGGUUUAGACAGUAAGCUUCGGCGAUGGUGUGGCCUAUUUGUCUUUACAAAUAACUCGAAAAUCUACCUUAUCCAUCAGACAGCCAGAGAAUAUCUCAUUGAGAAAGGAAAUUCCAGCAAUCUCAAGUCUGCAUGCUGGAGUAGCUUGACUGAUGCGGAAGAUCAGAUGGCUAAGAUCUGUUUGACAUACUUGCUGAUGGAGGAUUUACAAUACGAUGAAGACGACUCAGACUCACAUACUGAAAGUUUCUUGGAAUAUUCAGCAGUACAUUGGCCUGAUCACGUACGAAAGAUGGGUUUGACUUUAACCCAGAAAGAAACCCACCGAGUGCAUCGAUUAUACGACAAGAGUGGGAAAUCGUUUCCAGUGUGGUAUCCUAUUUUUUGGAAGGCAAUCAAACCAUACGGAAGAGUUCCUGUAAUGAGUGCACUGCAUCUGGCGGCCUUCAAUGGCCAUGAACAGGAGGUACAUUCUAUACUUGGUGUGGAUAAAAGUGAUCUUAAUAUACCUGAUAGUACAGAAACAUACCCGGCUAUGUGGGCUUCAUUAAAUGGAUAUGAUAGGAUCGUGGAGCUUCUGCUAGAGCAAGGAGCUGGUGUCAAUGCUCAGGGUGGACACUACGGAAAUGCCCUCCAGGCUGCUUGUUGUGGUGGACACAACGCGAUCGCACAGAUGCUGCUAGAGCGAGGAGCCGAUGUCAAUGCCCCAAAUGGACACUACGGAAACGCCCUUCAAGCUACUUGUGCUAAGGGAUAUAAUAUAAUCGCACAGAUGCUGCUAGAGCGAGGGGCGUAUAUUAACGCCCAUGGGGGACACUACGGAAAUUCCCUUCAAGCCGCUUGUGCUGAGGGACACGACACGAUCGCACAAAUGCUGCUAGAGCGAGGCGCCGAUAUCAACGCCCAGGGUGGACGCUACGGGAAUACCCUCCAAGCUGCUUGUUAUGGAGGAUAUAUCACGAUCGCACAGAUGCUGCUAGAGCGAGGUGCCGAUAUCAACGCCCAGGGUAGGUUCUUUGGAAACGCCCUCCAAGCUACCUGUGGCAAGGGACACGACAAAAUCGCACAAAUGCUGCUAGAGCGAGGAGCCGACAUCAAUGCUCAGGGUGGACACUACGGAAAUGCCCUCCAAGCUGCUUGUUAUGGAGGAUAUAACACGAUCGCACAGAUGCUGCUAAAGCGAGGGGCCGAUAUCAACGCCCGGGGUGGAUACUACGGAAAUGCUCUCCAAGCUACUUGUUAUGGUGGACACAACACAAUCGUACAGAUGCUGCUAGAGCGACGGGCGGAUGUUAAUACCCAUGGGGGACACUACGGAAAUGCCCUCCAAGCUGCUUGUGCUGAGGGACAUAAGACAAUCACACAGAUGCUACUAGAGCGAGGGGCCGAUAUUAACGCCCAGGGUGGAUACUACGGAAAUAUCCUCCAAGCUUCCUGUGCCAAGGGACACGUUAUGAUCAUACAGAUGCUGCUAGAGCAAGGAGCUGAUAUCAACGCCCAGGGUGGACACUACGAAAAUGCCCUCCAAGCCGCUUGUGCCAAGGGACACGACACGAUCGCACAGAUGCUGCUAGAGCGAGGAGCCGAUGUCAACGCCGAGGGUGGACGCUACGGAAAUGCCCUUCAAGCAGCCCUUCGAGGACGAUACCACCAUAUAGUGCAAAUGCUCCAGGGACUUCAUUGUGCUGAUCAGUCGACUUUCCAACCUCCCCCUUCUAAAAGGCUUAAGGUUUCAUUAUGA